UCCCUGCAAGUACACACACUUUCUACACUAAAAUAAUGCAUGAUCAUCUUAUUUCUCCCAAACACAAAUGCAUGUAGAGAAGUACAAGUGUACAACUAUUUAUAUACUUGCAUGUAUCAUGAAACUCUCAUUUCAGUUUUCUCAAAGACCAAAAAUGGAGUUAAUGUUGGUAACAAUUAACUACAACAUCAAGCUAUGGAAUUCCAAAGUUCAAAAACUGAAAAAUCAACAAGAGAUCAUCAAAUACUAUUUAACAAACAGCAUUAACAACCUGCAAAUUACCAAUAAACGUCUACAAAAAAUGGAAAUUUUCAUGGCAAAUGCGCAUGCAAAUCCCAAAUUCAUAGACCAGAUCAUGGAUCAAUCUGAAAAGGAACAAGAAUUCAACAAAUCUUUGCCUUUUAUGAUACCAUCUUUGAAGUUGCUAUCAACAAAACAUAAUCUUUCCUUUGUGUACAAGCUUUUUGAGAUGGUGAAUGACCCUGAUACAAACUCCGUUAUGAUAUGGAACAAAUCGGGUACUAGUUUCUUUAUUAAAGAUGAAAAGGGGUUGCAAGAUCAUGUUAAAGAAAGAUUCGAUCACACAAUGGGAACGUUCUAUAGAAAACUCAGUGAAUUUGGCUUCAAAUGUGUGGACAAGUUUUUAUGUGAAUACACCAACGAAAACUUUCAAAGAGAUAACGAACAUAUGUUGAAGAACAUCAAGAGUAUGAGAAAGCUACUGGUAGUAAAAAGGAACAUGAAGAGUGAUAUGGAAGAAGAAUUGAAAAGACUAAAGUUUUUCCAAAAUGAAUUAAAGAAUAACAUUUCAAAUAUUAAGGAGAAAGAACAAAGCACAAAAUGUGAUAUGUUGAACAUCAAAAGGUGCCUAGAGAAUGCCAGUAAAACGAUAGAAUGUUCGCCUUCUAUCGAUUCCCAAUCCCAAGCUUAUGGGAGGUAAAAACUUAAACAGGAUGGUGGAAGUCAACCAUGGUUGAAUUCCAUUAAAACUGCAGAUAUUGGAAAAAUCAAGCAAGAUUUGUACAUAUUACAUGUUCAACUUGUGAAUUUGGAACAGGAAUACACGUUUAUAGAAGAUCAGUUGGCUGCUAUAGAAAGAAUUUUUCCGGGUAUAGAGGCAAAGCAAAAAGAAAUCGAAUUUUCAGUGAACAAACUGUUUAUGAAUCGGAAUGUUAUUCCCAAGAAACGAUCACGAACAAAUAAAAAUAAUGAAAAAAUGGAAAUAGGAACUCAAAAGGCGCGGACUUAUAAUAGUGAACGCUCAAAAGAGGCUAUGAACAGGAAUGAUCACAUUGCAAAUAAGGAAGAACUGACGACCAACUUUGAUUCACAAGAACCAUUUUACAUUUUCAAUCAUUUAAUGGAAAAUGUUAGCUACUCGGAUACUGAUAUAUAACACCUGAUGAUCUCACGCCAUGGAUUCAAACAUUGGAAGGAAAACCGACGCUUUCCUAAUAAUCUCUUCCAUGUGGAUUAGUUUCGUUCUCAUGAAUGUUAAGUAGCAGAAAAACUGUUAGAUUGUUGGACAGACUUUUCUCUUUCGUAUAAUAUAGUGGUUGCAUAAUA